CUAAGCUAAACAUCCCGACAGCAGUCAACCGAAGCCGCUUUCCGUGAAAAAUCCACGUAAAAAAAUACCCGUAGUCCCUACAGUUUAAGACACCGAGCAUUUUAGCUCAGUUUGAGAAGUAAUCUGCGUCUUAACGUUCGUCCUGGUUGCUAUACGUUUAUUUGUCUAGUUUUUGUUGCACUCUCUGCUGCGUUCGCUCGCUCGUUUGCAGCUAGUGGCGAAACAAAACAAGAUGAAAGGUCAUUGUGAAUGAAAGAGGUAUAUUCCGGUUCAUACUCGGCUGGAGCAGCGGUUAGCGCUCUUUGCCUUUGCAGCAAGAAGACCCGGGUCCUUUCUGCAUGGAGUUUGCAUGUUUUCCCCGUGUGUGCAGCAGUUUUCUCCGGGUUCUUCUUCCCACAGUACAAAAACAUGCAAUAUUGGGGAUUAGGUAAAUUGGACACUCUAGAUUAACCGUAGGUGCGAGAGUGAGUGGUUGAAUGGUUGUUUGUCUCUAUUUGUGUCCCUGCGAUGGUCUGGCGAACUGUCCAGGCCUGAGAUUGGCUCAGCUCCCCCCACAACCCCACAAACAAUUAUACAGCUAACCCUCUGACCUUCUAAAACAAAUCCUCAAAAAAGGACAUAAAACAUUUGUAAACACUUGUAAAGAUGAGUUUUUAAUACAAACAACAAGCAGUCCAAGUAUUUCUACAUUAUUAGGGAUUGAACUCUCAUUAAUCUGAUCUAUACCAGAAUAUGUAUCAAUGUAUUCUGUACAUGUGGGAAGUAUUGUUAUUUCCUGUUGAAAACAAUUUACAAGGACUUUCCUUGAUGUUAUUUUACACUUUUAGUGGUUAAAACACAAGCCAUUCCUCGUUUUAGUCAAGGAGCCCAUCGUGUUUCCUCUCACCCUGGCUUUCAAAAUAAGAGCUACUGACUCAGUUAUUAGUUAAACUUACAAAAUAAAGUACAUGUUUUUAUCUAACGUUUCGUUUCAUUUGUCGAUAAGUUAGACACGUCCACGCCUUGUUUUAAACGUUUUUCAACUUUGUCGGAGGUUAACGAGGGAAAACAUCACGAUUGUGAAAUGAUCGAUAAAAACACUACCUUCACAUCUUAAUUUAUGCACAAGUCUCAGUUUCAGUUAAGUUAUAAGACAAAUCCAGUGAAUACACCUUAAUUUUAGGGAUAAAACACACAAAAAAAGCUGCAGUGUCACAAAAAGGACAAACAACAUCGGAUCCAAACUAGAGCCCUGUGGAACGCCAACGUUAAACCCACCAGCCUAAGUCUUUACUGCACGGAAAUCGCUUCUUAAACUUUGCACGAAAACACAACUAUUAAAUCAUUUAUUCAUGAACGUGUGGAAUAGGGAAAAAAAAUUAAAAAAGACAUUUUCCCUUUUUUUGUGAUGUUAUUUUACGUUAUCAAAUUUCAGCCCAAUUAACUAAAUAAUUAAGUAAUUUUUGUCACAGACAACAACAAUGCCACUAAUCACCUUUAGAAAUACAUUUUAAAAGAAAAUAAGUGAUAUAUAAUAUCGUAAAAACCAACAUGUAGACACAUUAAACAAUAAAUCCAUAAGAAAUGAGUCAAAAGUGACACUUUUUUGUUUCAUUUUUAAUUUUUGUUAAAUUUUUUGAGGUAUGAAUAUGUAUAUUUGCACAAACAGAGACACAUUCCUACGCUUUAGACAUUUCUGCGUCAUUUUUAAUGAGGUUUUUUUCAUGUAGUUAAAGGAGCCGUGCAUGCAAAAGCUUCCAUGCACAGAGGCUUGCAUCUAAACAUGCACACACACACACACACACACACACAAAGGUCUUUAUAGUUUCAUAAGGCUUAGAUGAGGUUUAGAUACAAUCUAUGAACCACAAACAUAAUUACUGGCACUAAAGUGUGCGCUGCUGCUGCAGCAACAGUGAAACUGUUCUUCGGCCACUCUGACCGGGGAGUCUCCACCUUUGUGUGUGUGUGUGUGUGCGUGCACAUGCACGUGCUCAGUGAAUGGGAGUGAAUGGAAACCUGACCAGGGAGUCUCCUGUGUGUGCAGGUUUAGCAUCAGCGCCGCAAGUUUUAGAGGAAAACUGUUGUCGAUGCUGCUGUUUCUGGUGCUUCUGCUGAAAGCCCACAGACCACAGACGUAUACACAACCACACACACACACACAGACACACACACACAGGGAUACACACUGCCACACAUAUAUAUAUAUAUGGGCCCACAGGUCAACAGAGACACUCCACCAUCGCACUCUUCACACUCUCAGUCUCACUCUCGGACGAACGUCCUCCUCCUUGCCGGUUUCGUCUUCGUUCCUCGACACUUCUCUUCUCUUGUUGGACAUGUCUCUGCGCUGUGGGACACUGGGUCUUCUGGUCUUACUGGGACUGGCACUGGCACUUGGGAGUCCACACCGCAUCAAGCCCAGCGGCGAGAAGCAACCCUCGGAGUCCACCACGAAUCUGCUGCAUCUGAAGGAGCCGGAGGUCGGCAAAGAAGCUCUGUUCAAGUCUGUGGUCAGAGGCAUCAACACGUCGUGUCAGAGAAAAGAGGACAUCCAGGUGAUGAACGCCACUCUGAGCGUCUACAUGCAUAUCUUCUCCAGCAUCCUGCACCACCACCACAGCAGAGGCACUGCAGCGCUGCUGGACACUCUGUCCGCCUCGGACCGGCACCAGGUGAAGCUGGAGGUGAAGGCUCUGCAGGAGAAGAUGGAGAAGCUGAGGAGGAACCUGAGUGUGGAGAACCACAACACAGAGAACCUGCUGCGAGAACUCAGCAACAUCCAGGUCGAUGACCAGGUGAACCAGCGGAGGGCGCUGGCUGAGUUCCAGAUGGUUUAUCAGGCUGCGUCUCUGAUCAUGGACACGCCCACUAACUCUGACCAAUAGGAAUGCUGGGAAGUGUUCUCCAUGACAACUAAUCCUCUCUCAUUAACAUAAUCUCAGUCCGGUGCUUGUUUGUUUCCAUGACGUCACACUUUCAUGUAUUUAUUGUUAUUUAUGGAGUAACUUCAGGUCAGAGUUUAAUAUAAUUUAAUUUAAUUUAAUUUAAUCUUAAUUUAACACAUUUUUUAUUUAUGACUCGUUUAUUUACAUAAUUUAUUUUCUCAUUAUGGAACUGUCUUUGUUUGUUUUCUUUUCAAUAAAAGCAGCAACAAACCAAGCUUUGAGUUUUUCAUCAUUUCCGACAACAGAGAUUAACAGUAAUCUGAAAUCGUCUAAUCUGGUCAAAAACCUUCUGUAUAUAAAAUGCCAAUAAUCAAUAAUAUAAUCUGAUGUUGUCUCGAUAAUCUCAUAUGAAUAAUCUCUAAUAUAAAACAAUCUAAUGUCAUAAAAUGUCAAAUGCAAAUUUGUAAAUUAUAGUUUUUA